AUGGCGACGGCGACGCCGCUCGCGGCGUCCGCGCGCGCGCGCAAGGGCGUCCUCGCGCGAAGCCGCGAGUCGAUCGUUGGACUCUUCACCGCGCUGAGAUCCGUCGCGCGAGACAAGCCGCUCACCGCGGUCGCCCUCGCGGUCGCGAUCGUCGCGUCGCUCCCCGUCGCGACCGUCGCGGUCACGAGCGCGAUCGUGCUCUUCGUCCUGACGUUCAGCGUCUUCGCGCUGCCGCUCGCGGUCGUCACCGCGGUCUGGUGGCUCGUCCGCGGGCGCUGGAAGAACGCGUCGUCGCCGCGCGUCUCGAAUUCGACGUCGACGACGUCGACGACUUCGACGGCGAUCGACGCCCCCGCGAGGGACGCGCUCGCGGCCGAGGCCGCCGCGGACGUCCUCAUCGUGUACGCGGGCCAGAGCGACUUCAAGAUGGAGGGCGUGGACGACGCCGCGGGGAUGGUCGCGCGGAGGGUCGCGUCCAGGCUGCGCGCGCGAAACGAUCGCGUCUCCGUCGCCGUCGUCUCCGUCGCGGAGCUCUGCGCGGGCGGCGACGCGCGCGCGGUCGCGACCCGGCUCGUCGGCUCGUCGUCCAGCGGCGGCGGCGGCGGCGGCGGCGGCUCCGCGAUCGGUCGGUGCGCGUGCUUCGUCGUCGAGGCCGCGGUGUGCACGGAGGAGCCGAGCGACGAUUUGAGGAAGUUUCGGCGGCUGCUCAAGUCGCUCGGCGGCGACGCGAAGAGCCCGUCCAAGGAACGACGCCGGAGCCCACUGAAGAGCGCGUGGAAGAGCCCGAGGAAGGGCGGCGGCUCCGGCGCCUCGUGCGGCGGCGUCCUCGGAGGGUUGAAGUACGCCACGAUCGCGGUGAGCCGCUCGUUCGGCGCGGAGGGGUCGGGGCAAAACGCGUUUUGCGGACCGCACGCGGGGGGCGCCGCGGGCGUGGACUUGGACGCGUUCUUGGCCACGAAAGCGGUCGGCGGCGCGCGCGUCGCGACGCGGUGCGACGCGGAGAUUGAGCACAACGGCCCGGGGGUGAUCGACCGGUGGACCGCGGAGGUGUUCUCGCAGGCGAUCCGAGGGAAGCCGCCGUCGUCGCCGAGGGUGCUGAGCCUGUCGUCGUCGCACAGCGCGCUGCUGUGCCGGCACCUGCGCGCGCGCGGGUGCCUCGUCGGCUGCGACGCGCACUUCGAGGACCGCGCGCUCCCUCGCCCCGGGGACGAGGGGUACAGCAGCAGCGGCAGCGACGUCGGCGGCGCCCGCGGCGGUCGCGCCUCGAGCCACAGGCUCGAACGCGUCAACGCGUGGAACCCGAACCUCCGCAAAGUCGCCGAGCUCUCGCCGUCGCUCGUCGUGUGCGCGUACGACGCGUCCGCGGAGGCGCUCCGCGCGAUCGCGCCGACGUGGGAGAACGACGACCCGCGCGCGUUGUCGUUCGAGAUCGCCGUGUUGAAGUGCCCGCUCGGUCGCGGCGCGAUCGCCGCGGCGGCGGCGCAAUUCGGCGAACUCGCGCGACUCGUUCGCGUCCGGCGCUCCCUCUCCGACGCCGCCGCGCGCGCGCUCACGGACGGCCUCGCAGCCUUGCGCGUCCGCGCGGAGCGAGAGUUGGGGAUCGCGGACGCGGACAGCAGAGACGAAAACUGGCCGCGUCGGAAGAAGCCGUUCGUGUUCGUGGAAGCGGACCCGGAUCUGUACUCCGCGGACUCGUGCACGCCCCUCGGCGCCGCGCUCGCGGAGGCGCUCGGCGUGGGCAACAUCGCGGACCCGUCCGCGAACGGCGAGGACGACGCCCCGGGCGCGCGAUCGAGACCGAAGCCGACCAUCGAGAAACGAGCCGCGGCGGCGCUGGAGGCGAGGAAGAACGGCGCCGACGCGAACGCGAACGCGCCGCCGAGUCACUACCCGCAGCUCCCCGCGGAGCGGUUCUGGACUCCGCGCGAACCGGACUGGUGGAUCGUCGCGCACCCUUCAAACGACGGCGGCGGCGGCGACGCGCCCAAAGCGUUCGUGGACUGCCUGGACCCGGAGGACGUGAACCGUCACGGCGCGCUUCGCGAGGGACGCGUCGUUCGGCUCACAGACCGCUCGUGCGACGCCGCGAACCAGUGGACGCCCGAGCUCGUGGACGUCGCGCGCGAAGUCUUGGACGCGAUGCGCGCGUAUUACCGCGGCGAAGGCGACGACGCGGGCGUCGCCACGCCGUCCGCCGACGACGCCCCGCGGACUCCGGAGCCCGGGUCGAGGUCGAGGUCGAGGUCGAGGUCGGGGCGGAUGUCGAUCUCGUCCUCGAGCGCGUCGUUGACGUCGUCUGACGUCGAGCCCGGGACCGCGGCGGCGGCGGCGGCGGCGGCGACGACGACGACGGGCGGCGGCGGCGGCGGCGGCGGGUUCACGCUCCAAGCGCAGCUCGAGGCGUGGAGCACGCUCGCGCUGAAACGCCGCCUCACGGAAGACUUUGGCGUCCCCGCGGUGGACUCGUUAGGGUCGCCGCUCUUACGCCGCCCGGACGUCAUGCGUCGCCUCCUCGAGUGCUACGCCGAGGAAGGCUGCGCGACCGGACGACGCGUGAUCGACGUCCCGGGCGUCCCGAUCGAAGACGCCGCGUUGUUCGAGCUCCGCGCCGAGCUGGACGCGUGGGCCCUCACGGCGAAACCCCCUCACGGCGGCGGUAAAGGCCACGGCGCAGGCCACGGCGAAGCGGAGCUGUACGAGCAUCUUCGGCACCCCGCGGACGUCGACGCUCGGCUCGGGAAGGGCAGCAGGGAAGCGCGGCGAGCGACGGACGCGUUCAAGAAGCGCGCGUCGUUGUGGUCCGCCGUCGUCGACGCGUUGAAGGCGACGGACGCGACGUUCGCUUCGCGCGUCACCGCGAUGGAGAUCACGAUGAACCGCCGGUCGUCCCCGCGGGUGGACAAGCAGUGUAUCGGGCCGCACUACGUCAUGGCGUGCGGGACGUUCGAGGCGAACACCGGCGGGGUGUUCGUCGAGUGCGACGCGCGCGUCGUCGCGGAGGUUGACGUCCGAAACGCCGUCGCUCGCGUGGACGGUCGGUUCCCGUGUUGGACGGCGAACUACGGCGCGGACGGUCGGCGGUUCGAGGUGGCGUGUUAUCGCACCGUGGGCGAGCCGGUCGCGAUCACGACCGCGGUGUUCGAGAACGGGCAGGAGGCGUUGUUCUCCCCGGGGCGGCGAGCCGCGGGCGGGCGGCGGGUGUGAUGAAGGACGAUUUCGUUUUUACUGCGCGUAAGGUUACUGUAGUUUUUCAUUUUUUGUGGACACGAUCCACGAUCCAUCC